AUGGAGUGUGUUCGCAACCGCGUUUCAUACGCAUCAUGGCGACUCGCCGUGUUUCGACAGCUAUUUGUCCCUUCUGUCUAUACUCUAUCGGCAAAUCGCAUCUUCUACCGUGAGCUUUCAAGCUCGAAUGGACACGACGAGUCCCGAGAUCUGCCGGACUCCCUGCAACAUGAGUCCAACACUCAGGACGAGAAGAUUCACUCCGGUAAUCAAAGCAGAGGCUCGCCAUCUUCGACUCAACAACCCCUCCGCCCGUCACAAUUACUUCCUCAAUCGCCAUUUCUCACACGACCGCGCCCCGGAGCGGACAAGAAGCGCAAGAAGCGCCCAGCACAAGAAGAUAUAGACAGACUACGCUUGAAUCCCUGGGCAAUGGCCCUUGCCUCACCUUCCAGAAUGUGCACCGUGACUGGGGCUCGGGUGCCGCGGGGAUUUCUGACGGAAUGGGGCCUGGUGCAACGCCGUGACGAAGAAGGGUUAUGGUUUAUGCCUGUUGAGUUUCUACGAGACGAACUGUCAUCGGCAAAGGAAACGGACGCAGGGCUGGAUGGACAGACUGAAAAGAUAUCUCCGCAGAAGAAAUCCCUUCGCUACCUUACGCUACGGAUCAUUGACCGCCUUCCCUUACUCAAGGACUUGACGGUGCCUUUCUCGCGACACAAGGGAGGGAAAAGAUCGCCGACCAUGCGACUGAUUCCGUUUCGAUGGAAGCACCCGCUCGGUCCGCUUACGGUGCGGGAGGAAAAGAAGCUGAUUUGGCGGGAGGACAUGCCUGAAUUUGUGCUUGAGCAGAUGAGAAAGCAUGCCUUGAAGCUGCUGAAGAAAUUCUGCAAUGCGCAGAAGCGAUUGAAAUCGUCGCAAGGGUCCUUGAAGGCUAUUAAUAUCGAAUGUUACUCUCAAGAUGCGCUGUUGAAGGGUUUAGAGGGCCUGGAGAUGUUCGAGCGCAUGGAAUGCGGCGCGGUGUUGGUCAUGGACUCUCGGAAGACCGGGAUGGAGAAUCCCCCAGACGCUGAAUCAGACAUACUCGACCAUUCAUCGCCUCAAUCCGCUAAGCCAGAAUUCGUGGUUCUUCCACACGUCAAAUCCAAAGUGCCGGUCUUCGAACUGUCCGAGCUGUUCUCGGAAAAUGAUCUAGCGGAGCUCAAAGGCUAUGAUGUGCGCUUCGAAAAGAGUGCUCUAUUUCUAAGUCCGGACGAUGCUGUAGGUGUUCAGGCACUUCUGGCGUUAUGGAAACUCCAAGCACUGCUAAGGCCAAAUAAAUACGAUAUGCCCUAG